AUGGCUCAGGCCAAUGGCAUUGAGCCUUCUCCUUCAUUGGUGAAGGAGACAGUGUUUUUGAGAGCUGGUACAAGGAGCUCAGAAUACAACCUGGAAGAAAUUGAUGAAAGGGAAGAGAUGAGUGUGCAACAGAGAGAGGACCGUGAAAGUACAAAUACCUUUCUUGGGAUAGGAGAGGUCACUGCAGCCUUCAGCUCUGCUGAGGUACAAGUUGAAACUGAAAAAAGUGAUCCUGCUUCAUCAGCUCCAGUUCCUGCCAGUAUUUCUGUAGACAACUCACAAAGCUUCAAGGAAGAAAAACAAGAAAAUAUGAGCACAGAUGGCAAAGGACUACAGACCAAGAUAAGCAGUGAGCGUGCUGCAUUUGAAAAUGACAGGAGGCUUAGAAUUUUGGAUCAAAAUAAAACUGAUGAUCACAGUGAUACAAAACUCCUUCCAACAACAGAAGAAGGGAAAGAACUUCAGGCGACCAAAAUUAAACCAGUAGAUUUUAGGGAAAAUAACAAGCUUGAAGUUGACAGACUAUCAAACUGUCAGGCAUGUAAAAAUAAUAUCUCUGUAAGUCAUACAAAUCAUCCUCCACUGAUUCCAGAAAAGCAAGAUCAGAAAACAAAUCAAACCAGCUUGGAUGCAGUAACAACUCAGGAUGUUGCAAUCCAGACAGGUCCAUUGGACAGCAAUUUGGGAAGAGCUACACAGAAAGAAAUUAUUGUCCCUGAGGGUUCAGAAUCAUCCACUUUCAGAGGACUGGUCCCUGAACAUGGCACAAGCAAUCUCCAAGUGAUGCAUGGAAUACAAGAGGAUGAAUGUAGCUCAACAGAACAAAAUCUUGAAAGACAAGAAGUUAUCCAAGAAAAAGUUAUUCCCAUAAAAGAUCAGAGUCACAUUUGUGUAAAUGGCAGUAAUUUCGCUUCACCAGAAACAACUGCAAAAACUCUAGAUGGCUCUCCUGUAAAAGGUCAUCCUCUUUAUAGACAGGACACCAAACCUAAACCUAAGCCUGCUAAUGAAAUUACAAGGGAUUACAUACCAAAAAUUGGAAUGACUACUUACAAAAUAGUGCCUCCAAAAUCCUUAGAAAUAAUGAAGAGCUGGGAAUCAGAAAUUCCAUCUGAUAAUAAGGAUCAAGAGGUAUCAACUUUGGAAAACUCUCUGAAGCCUGAAGACUCCAAAGAAUUCAUAGAGCAAGAUGAAAUUCUUUAUAUGCCGAAAAGUGGGGGUUAUUCACAGGUUGGUUCACAAAAUGAACCUGCAUCUGCAAAUGAUCUGCUUCAUGGAAGGAACAGCUUUUCUGAACAUGUGACAUCUGGAGACGAGAUUACUACUGAGAGCAAUGGGACGGAAACAGAGUCUUCCACACAGCCUGUCCCACUGAUAGUAAGCCUGAAUAAUGCAAAUGCUGCUUCUGAGACUCAGGACAAGUCAAAUGCAUUAAGUCCUACAACAAAGCCUAGUUCUUUUUAUCUGCAGAUGCAACGAAGAGUUUCAGGUCAUUACGUGACAUCUGCAAUUGCCAGAAGUACCAUUUGUGCUCCUAAUUCCAUUCAAAAUGAAGCUAAGAAUACAGAGAUGGGAAAAAAAAUCUCCUCACCUGAUCCAGCUUCUUUGUCUUUACAUAAAACAAGUCCUUCCUCUCUGCCAACAGAUGAAGAAAAAGUUGAUGAUGGAAAAAAUACUGAAUCCUCCACUUCUCUUGUUAAAAGCAAUAAACCUUCAGGUUUUUCUUCUUGUCUGCCAGCACCAUUAAACCUAAGAACUCUAAGAACUUUUGCAGUUCCAAAGCCAUACUCCAGUUCAAGACCAUCCCCCUUUGCUCUUGCUGUUUCCUCUGCAGUCAAAAGGUCACAGUCAUUCAGUAAGACAUGUGCAAUCACUAGGCAGGCACCGAGAGAAGAAUUUCCUGUUGAAUUGUCUUCUGUUGCUUCAGCAGCUGAAUUCUCCUCAGCCAGCUCCAUGCCUCAAGUGAAAAACCCUUCCUCAGAGACCAUAACAGGGGCGUCUCAAAAUAGUCUAAUCGAUAAGAAAGGCAGCAGUGCGAACAGCGAGCAGAAGAGUCGGGCGCAGCCCGGUGCUUCCGCUGACCAGCUCCUUCCUGUCACUAAGAGACAACCGGCGAUGACGUUCCCGCACUCUGACCCAGAACAGAUCCACCAGAGCCUGCUGGCUGCCAUCCGCUCCGGAGAAGCUGCUGCCAAGUUGAAAAGGGUUGGUCCUCCACCAAACACCAUAUCUGUCAAUGGAAGAGCCAGGCUCACUGCUUUGUAUUCUGCAGAAGCAAAAGCUAAUCACUAG